GACGCGGCAGCACGUUGCGUUGGGGGUUUCAAUACGCAGCUUUGAUCGCGAUUUCAGUGUACAUUCUCACCUUCUCUCUCUCUCUUUUUCUCUCUUUAUCGUUCUCUCUCUGUUCACCCGUCAAAUAUCUAUCUCUCCGUCUCUCUUUCUCGUUCUCCACUACUGUCACCCGACAUUCCCCCCUCCCCCCGCAACCCUCUCAAGGGUUCACGGCGAGACCCGCCCACCCGCGCGCGAGUGACUUUCCUCUUCCCCCCUCUCCUUCUUCGGCGUUGAUUCCCACCCCCCCUCUUCUCUGUCACGGAGGACAACAGCGUUGCAACGCGAGCAGUCGCGUUCGCCGAAAUCGCAAAAUUGGGAGCGCUUUUCGAGAUCGAGAGCCGCGAGCACGAGAAGGGCUAGCCUUUCCGGCCCUUUUUUUCUUUUCUCUGUUCUCUUUCUCACGGUCUUACCGCGCGUAGCGCCCCGUUCGACCAGGGCACGACGAGAGAGACCUGUCGCCGUUAUGGGGGAGGACCUGCCCUCCGGAGACGCCCGGCGCGGUUAGUUCUAGGUGGAACCGAGCGAGUUCGCGAAGGCGCGCCAGGUGUAGCGCCACUCGCGCGGCGGUUGCAAGUGACGGUUUCGGCGUUUUGUUUUGACAGUGGCCAACCUGUCACCCGUUUGUCGGGAUCGGAGUAUCGGAGGCAGUAACUGAGUUGUUUUCGUGUGCCCUGCAGCGCGCUGGAACAGCUCGCAAACGUGGCAACCGUAGUGUGCGCUCCCGUGUGUGUUUCGUUUGGAUUGUGUGACUGUGUCGGUCCGUGACGAUCGUGCCGCGGAGCGCCCGGCGCCCUGUCAAAUUUCUCUGCCGCGUCAACCCUGGUCCCCGAGUGAUUAAAGGAUUACGCGGAGGAGGUCCUCGAGAUUGUGCGCCAGUGACGUUGCAUCUCGGAGCAACCUGAUCGAGGGAAGGAUUUUAAACAGUGAUCAGUUAUGGCCGUGAUGGGGACGACGUCGGUAUUUCGACUGGACGGCGGCGGUGGUGGCGGCGGCGGCGGCAGCGGCGGCGACGAUCGCGGCAGAAGAUCACGUCGAUGCAAUCCUCGGGCGAGCAGGAUGAGGACCGGCGGUCGCCGAGCGUCGAAGGGGUCAUCCGGUGUCAAAUGUGGAUCGGUUGCGGCGAAGCGCGGUGGUUCCGGAAAGUUUCUUCUGGUUGGCGCUGUCCUGGCCAUACAAUUCGUCGGUGCGGCAGCAUUAACCAGCAAGGCGGGCAGCGAUAUCAAAGUGGAGUUUAAGAUGCCAAAAGAAGCUGUGGUGGGUUCCUCGAUCGAGGUGAGGUGCGAAUGGCGAUUACUGGGUGGAAGUAACCUUUACUCAGUUAAAUGGUACAAGGAUGACCACGAGUUCUUCCGAUAUCUGCCGGAUAGCAGCCAGAGGACCCAGAUAUUCCCCCGGCCUGGUGUAAAAGUCGAGACACGACCGAACGGCGAACAAAGAUGGAUAAGAUUGAAGGACCUCGCCUUGCAGAGCUCCGGCCAAUACAAAUGCGAAGUCUCCACCGAGGCGCCGUCUUUCGCCACCACUUAUCAGACGGCCAAUCUAACGGUGAUAUCGCUUCCGGAGAGGGGACCGGAAAUCACAGGCCUGUCCUCGCACUACGCCGUCGGCGAGAACGUGACUGCCAACUGCAGUGCCUGGCCGUCCGUGCCUAAGGCCAAUCUACGUUGGACCAUCAACGGCGAACCGGUACCACUCGAGAACAUUGUCCAGCACCCGCCGUUGUCGCCCACGAGCAACGGAGACAUUCCCAACAGCCUGGGGCUGCGAUUGAUGAUCGAGCCUCGGCAUUUCACGAUGGGACCGAUCCAAGGACAGAUCAAGAUCAAAUGCAUCGCCGAAGUCGGCUCGCGCGUAUUCGAUUUCGAGCGUAAGGUGUUGAAGGCAUACGUAAACAACCAGAGGCUCAGCGCCGGCGAUAUAUAUGUACACGCGGCUGCACACAGCAUCCGCGCCGGCAUCCUCGCUCCACUGCUGACGGCGAUCCUCGCGCUCGUUUUGCUCACAACGUGACCUAUCGGCCUCCUCGCGUGAGUCGGCCUCCUCGCAUGGGAAUUACGUUGUGGCGCGCGCUCCAGAAACGCGCGACAGGUUCAGUGUCAGUUGUCCGAUCCUUAAAUAUAAAGUUAGGCUUAGCGAUUAAGCGACGAUAGGCGAAUCAUCGGUCGAUCAGCUCGCUCUCGGUCCAACCACGUUUUCACGUUCAGCGAUGCAUUACUGUCAUAUUUUCUUGUCAACAGAUUGCUCAGAAAACCUUAAAAGGCACGUGAGAAAAUCUCGUUGAGAUAAGACGAUCGUAUAUAGCGAUUAUAAAAGAAUAAAUUUCUGUUAAUUAUUAUGACGCAUUAAUUAUUUAGUUAUGUUAAUUAUUAUAUCUUAUUUUAUUGUCAUGUAAAAAUUAUUAUAUCUCUUUUUAGUAUACAUAUACACUUCAUAUGAAGAGUGAAGGGAUCGUUUUGGGGUCAAUAUUAUCGUGUAGUAAUUUUGAUAGGAAAUGAUUAGACAAACGCACCUUCGCAUAUUUAAGAAAUUUUUUAGAUCAGUAUUUCCCGUGUUAGACAAAUACUUAUUUGAAAAUUUCCCCGUAAUUUUCAUGGAGGUUUCUCUCUUCCUUUCUCUUUUUCUCUUUCUAUCUCCCUUCGAUUUCUCCUUAUCAUAUUUAACCCCUAAUCUUUUUAACGAGUUCCAGAUCCGGGAGACUCUUUAAAGUUCCCUUCGAUUUCGGCUCGCAAUCAUUAACUUCUCAUUGAAGUUUCAAGAUUUUACGGUUAAAUGUAAAUGUCACGAGUCAGAUAGCCCGGUCAUAAAAUUGUUAAAUAGUAAUGAAAAAUUUACAAUUUUUAACCUCGUAUUCUCUUAAAUUUGUUAAGAUUUCAAGCUUUUUCGACGUUUAAAUAAAGUUUAAUGUAAAUUUGGAAGGUCGUGCUUAAUCCGCGUUUCACUGUAUUCUCGUAAUAAAGUCCGUUCUAUUUUAAACUCCGACAAUUACCGUCGUGGGGUUUAGACAGAACUAGCCGUACUUCAUAUAGCAUGCAUGUCGUACCGCGGAGAUAUAAAUUCUGGCGUAGCGCGCGUGCAAAUUCCGUUUUACGACACGCAUGAGAUUAACUACCGAAACGCGUAUAAGUCACUACACCACGGCGAAAUGCGAAUUACGUAUAAAUCGAUAAAUGGAUUUGCCGUACCGGCAUCAACAAAACGAGAUUAAUAAUUCAGAUAUCUCACGUUGCAAAAUUGCAAAUGCGCGGUUGCACAGUUAUAUAGGUACAAAUAAUAACUUUAUUGAAAGAGAGGCUCCCUUACAGGAUUGCGUAAAAGUUUAAACUCGUGAUUAUUUCGACAAAAACAAUUUGCAUCCAACCUGAAUAAUGACUAAAUAACGUUGAAAAUCCAACCCAAAGCGAUACAUUCACGUCGUCGUAAUGAAAACACAUAAUGUUGAAUCCAAAAUUAGUAUACUAAUAUUAUAUUACAGCGCAGCAUUCGUUCAACGGAAAUUUCCAAUUAACAAUUCAACUUUCGUAUGUUUCCCCCAUUCUUUUUUCAAAUAUCGUCACGCAAUAUGGCAUUCUGUCCGCGAAUAAAUUUUAACGCAUGAUUAUUGUUUCAUCGUAAAAUUGCAUAGAAUUUUUCAUAAACGCACAAUUCGACGAAAUAUUUGGCGAUCUUUGGACGCGUCAUCACGUACGAUCGUCCGACGAAUCCGACAGAUUUUCACUUUGCCGGGUGCAACCGUUUCACGUGUUUCGCUGCCUGACAACAAAGGGCGUGUGGUCACGAGAAGCGAGCACGGACGUACGAAGAAAAGAAGAAAAUCCUGAAAGAGAGAGAGGAUUCCGCGAGAGGCGGUGACCAUUCGACCGCUCUUCGGAGAAGACGCUAUAAAAAGAGACGAGGAAGCGUGACAGGAAAGUAAGAGAGUGCGCGUGAGAGCAGGUGUGAGACAGAGAAAGUGAAACGAAGUUGAAUCGUGCAGCCGCAAAGAGGAAAAAAAAUGCAGGGCAAGCAGGGAGAAACGUUAUGUGUGACCGAAGUGGAGACGCGAAGUUUGACUUCAAGAAUGAAAGUAGGUGUGAUAUUAUAGUAUCUAAGGUGCGACUCGUCGGUCUUCCAAAGUGGCCACUCCCGUCUUUGAUUCUUUGCCUUGAAAAUAUUUAACUACCGUACAAGUUUUCUAUCGUUGAGUAAUUAUUUUCUUGAGCGAAAUUUGCGCGAUAAACGCACGAAUUUAUGAUGUUAUAUUCUAAGAGAUAUACACUUUUUCGCCUCAUUCAAAAUUUGUACAAAUUUCAAUGAUAGGAUGAGUCGAGACGGCGCAUUUAAAUUUUAUUUGAAUUAUCGAAUCAAUUCUAUUCACAGACAUAGGAUCAUUUUUCGCUUGAUGCAACACGCAAAGUUGCAAAUUACCGAAGAUGGCCAACUUUCGAAGAAAGCGAGUGACUAACGGAAAUAAAUGAAAGCGUGCUUUAGUGAAAACAAGAGGAUGAACGCGACUGGCCUCGCCGCACAUAUCACAUCACCGACACACGUUACCAUGUGCUUAACACACACAAAUACAUCACACAACCCAUACACAUUACCAAUGCGCGCAUGAGCGCACGUACGUCUGGAUUAAGAGAUGGAAGGAGCUGCCAUCUCCCCCGCAGGGUGCGCAGGAUACACAUAUAUCACGAGACGGUUUCCUUUUGAUCGCUAUCGCUCAUCGACUCGAGCAUUAUUUAUUGGCUGUAAUAAUUUACGAGUUCACGAGAGGGACACGCUCUGCAACGCGCAUAAAUGUCGCUUCCGGUAUUCGGCGAUAUUCGGCUGAAUUUUUGUGCCUGUAUGUGUGUAUGCGUAACAUUUGCCUGGAUCCAUUCGCGGAAAAUUACGGCGUACGUAUUUAAAAGCCAUUCCCAAAGUGCCAACUGCCAAGAACACUCUCCUUACGUAUAAUUUUUCCGAUUGGAUAUAUUUAUGCGCGCGAUAUGAGAGAAUCGUUAGAAAUGACGAUAAACAGCAGUUUAUCGUGUCUAUUAUUACUUAAGAUCUGUUAGAUAAUAAAAUCCUAGUCGUUUAAGGUAAUCCUAUUAAGUAUCAAAGUUUGAUUACGAAAGAAUGAUAAACUUAGCAAAGUAUUUCGAUGAAACGAGAAUCGUAUAAAAUUCACUUCCAUGAUUUUAAAUAUAUGCAUACGUACUUCACUUUAAAAUAUUUCUUCUAUUCUUUAACAUUUAAAUAUUCGGUUUUACAAGGCUACAUUUUGACACAGCUAAAAUUUCCGGAGAAUAAUUUUAUUCUUGUGAGUCAAGCAAGAUACGGAUUUAUCACGUAGCUUCAUUAAAGAUAAAUCGAAACGAUUAAAGUUUGCAAUAAAAACAGUUCGAAACGUUUGGAUUGAUGCAUCUCUCAAUUAAAGCAUCGUUUUGUAGCCAUUAUUGCAUUUAUGAAAUUAUUAUUUUUUGCAAUUUAAACAUUGCAGAGAAAAUUCACUACUAAUUCAACAUCAGCACAGUUAAUUUCUCCAAUUGAGCAAUUUACGUAAUCAUGCAUUAUUUCGCGCGAUUUAUUAGAACAAAUAUUAAGUGUUAUUAUCGUUCGAAACUCAUUUUCCUAAUUAGAUAAUUUAAUUGAAACGGUGUUUCUUUCUCUAUAAAAUAUCAAUACUGUCUUGUCCUAUUUUCGAACAUCAUGUGACGAUGUGCACGUACACAUUUAAGCGUAAUCGAAUGAUAUCCGUUUUACUAUGAUAUCCGAAUUGCAUCAGAAUUAUAAUCGUUUCAAUCGCAACAAAUAUCGCGGAGCGUUACGUCCCCAUUGCCGAAAGUUCUUGUAUUUGCUUAACGUUAUUGAUGUCGCGAAACACAGCUGGUCCCAGGUGAACGCCUAAAUCGACAGUGGUAGAAAUUUUCUUCGCCGCGACCUCGAUCGACCGAUAUCCCAAUUUUACGGGCCGUCGAAUCGCGAAAGCCGGAGGCAGGUUCGAGGAUCUUCUUUGGUGCUGGCUAGAUCCUUCGCGUUCUCCAGAAAGACUUAAAUGGAUUCCUAGCGGAAACUUAGACGCGGUAAACGAUUCCUGUUUCGACGACGAAAACUACUCUCUUCAAAAUUUCCGUGCAAUUUUACAAAAUUUCUGUAUUUCUUUGCAAGAUGAGAAACCGGAAAGUUUUUCAAUCGAGUUUAUUAUUCGCGCACAGAAAUCAAAUGUAUCUUUUGACAUGAAAAAUUAUAUUGAGAUUUAUCGAAAAGAAAUAUAUAUAUACGAAUUCAUGUAGCAUAAAUUUGGAGUUAACGUUAAUUGAAAAAAAAGGGAUUUAAUAUAAAUUUUUUGUAAACUUUAUGUUAUCUAAAAGAAAACUGUGGUAUGAAGAAUAAGAAACUAAAAAAUUUAUCUGCAGUAGUAUUUUGAUAGUGCAGGUCGAUAUUUCAAUUUCACAGUCUGUCGAAUACCAAAAUUCGGAGACAUGCAAGAUUUCAACUAGGGAAUGUUCUCGAGAUCCUGCUUGGAUCCCACAAAUUUGCGUCUCGUCGUGAAAUCCUUUACUGGAUUUCCCAAGGAAACUUUAUCUCUCUCCAUGCGUUGUUGAAUCUUAUUUUUACGGAUGUAAGCAAAGCUCAAAACAAUGCAUCCUGGAAUAUUUACGAUCCUUGGCUAUUUUCGUUGUUUGCCAUUAAUUAAAUAUGAACUCAUGUAAAAUUCAUAUCUCAAACACGAGGGAGAUUUGAUAUCUCAACAUAUUCUAAUUCUCCUAAAUUCUUCGAUUUUCUAUGUUUCUCAAUUUCAUGUAAAAAAUAAAGGAGAGAUGCAUAGCUGAAAAAUACGCGUCUUUAUUAUAAAAUAAUCUUCGUCAGGAAGAGUGAAACCUUAGCCAUCCAAGUAGACACUGCCACGAUAAUUAUUUAAUAUGUCGAAAAGUAUAUUUUAUAAGAUCCUUAAGAUGAUUUUAACGAGUCCGUGUUCAAGUUUUUAUCAAAAUCAAAUCACAUAUUCAUAGAAACAUAUUAUAAUUACAACUAAAAAAAAAUAUUACAAUAGAUCCCAAAGUCCCUAGGUCUAAAAGUUACGUAUGUUAAAAUCAAUCUAUGAGAGGAACACAAGAAAAUAAAUUCAAAGCUAUUUUUUAUUCCUAAGUCGCGCGAAUUUACAUAUGCCCGCACACGUCGUUCGGGUUAACGCAGUCGUAUACAUUCCUUCUGUUCGCCGAACUAUAAGUGUGUCAGCGAAUCCGAUAAAAUCGUGGAUCGAAGAGCAAAGCGGAAUCUCUUUGUCCGGGCACGAUCGAUAUUUCGAUUUUAUGGAACGACGAGCAACCGAGAGCCCACGAAAAGCUAUCGUACUCGAAACGCGUUCUCUACUUCGCACGUUUUACCGAUUUCUUUCGUUACUCGUUACACACGAAUUCCGCAUAGCGGUAGAAAAGAAACUACGACUUCAAAAAGUUGUAAAAAAAACGUACGUUUUUACAUACGUUUUUUUUUUGCAGCUUCGCGUUGUAUUCUCGCGUAAUUUCAGUCACGAUUGAUUAGGCGAGUUAUCGAAUACGUGUCCAUAGAUCAAAUAGCGAAAUUUUCAACACGAACACCCUGCGGACGCCACGCGCGAUGUGGCGAUAGUCACACACGUACACGCUCACUUACACAAGUAUACGUAGCACACACAAAACGUACGCUGCCGGUCUACGAGAGCGUUAGAUAGGAAAUAAAGGGCCCCUCUAGCGAUACGGAGUUUAACAUGUAAAUCGAUAAAGUAUUAAUUUAAUUAAUACAAGUGUUAAUCCCUCUGUAAUUAUAGAAGAGCGCCUUCGCGAGCCACGAUCGAAUCUCGUUAGUACGUGUAGCGUAUUCAAAAGGUAUUCAUUCGAUGUAAUCGUGGAUCGCGAAGGUCCGCCGGCACCUGAAGGAGGGAAGGGAGGUUCACGAGAUUACGUUCGAGUUGGAUUAAACUUUCCUGAGCACUCGAGAUCCCCAAUUAUCCUCCAUUGCGUUAAGAAUUGUCAGUUUUCCGAAGGAGCUGGGCGACUUUCCUAAUAAAAUGAAUUAACGUCUCUAUCUACUUUCUUCCGGAUAGUAAAAAUUACAUCAAUUCACAGUAAUUUGUUCUGCGAUAAGUUCAGAUCGAUCGAAUGGUUUCGGCCAACCAUGUAGAAUUAUCGAGUUCACAAGAAAGACGGGACUGUAUAAAAUCUGUCAAAAAUUGGACAAGCAAUAGUAUAGUCAACAGAAUCCAACGCGAACGGAUCCACCUUCUGCUCGUCGCAUUUCGUAUUUUCAAGCUCACGGAUGCACUAUUGCGAUUUGUGGUAACUCAAAUAAAAAUUAUGCUAGGGACACUGUAGCGGUAAACGUCAUCACGAUGAAAGAUUAAAGUAAUACUUCUUAAGAAACUCACAUGCACAAGAUGUCCCGUCGCUCUUCUAUUGCUGUCAAAUCUUUUAUUAAAUUUAGGGUAUGUUCUUUCUCAGUAAAAAUUAAAAAGUUUCAUUUUAUAUCACAAAUCGAUUUCAGUUAAAUCAAAUAGAUUUUCUCUUACCAUGAGACUUCAUUAAUAAUUAUUAAAAUUAAUUUGAAUUAAUAUUAAUAAUUGCUUUUAAUUAAUGCUAAUCUAAUACUAAUUAUAGAGUAUUGGACAUUUAAUACUGACAAUUAAAAGAUACUGCGAAAUGUCUCAUUUUUUAUUAAAAAAUAAUAUAGGUAGAGGUAGAUGAAUAGAUCGAGAAAUUCAUAUGACGCAGAAUGUACUCCAUUAAGAGAGGAAGAUAGCAACGGGACAUCUCGCAUAUACGUACGUAUAUACAUAAAAGAAGCGAUCUCGCGAUGCGGAGUACUCAAUUAAUUAUUUCGAUUAAGUGCAGUCAGCGAUUAGCAUAAUUGACCAUACACCAUGGCGUGAACGUGGAAAGCGAGAACGAGUUACUCUUCGUGCAAUGUAAGUAUAGAUAAUGUAAGGAGCCCCAGGAGAGAGAGAAAAUCUCUCCGACCGCGUGUGUAAACAUGCGGGCACUAUGCGUGCGGCGUAUAUGCACGCCGACGCGACGUGCCUGCAAGGCGGUUGGAGCUUUAAAGUGCAAUGCACAGAAUCGCGUGGACGUUUAUGUACGUUUAUGUAAGUAAUAUAUUAAUUGUAAGAUAAAUAUAUUGAGAAAGAAAAACGAGAGAUUCAAAGAUUAUAUAUAUAUAAAUAUAAAAAAAUAUAGAUAUACAUAUAUAUAUAUAUAUUAUUAUAUAUUGCAAUAAUUGCCACUGUAAGUUGUCGGAGUGUUUCACGCGUACAUAUAUAAAUAUAUUAUAUAUAUAUCAUUGGAUAUAUUUUAUAGGUUAGACCAUACGUUUUUGCUAAACUGGCGAAUCGAACGACGAAGUUAUUACGACAGCAUACAACUUAUCGAUUAUCUCACGAUUAUCGGGAGGACAUUUAAUUUUCUAUAGCUUUUCCUCGGCACAUCCAUCUAUUACUGUGUUUACUGUGAUAUGUGUUAUUUGUCGACGUUCAUACGAUUUAUAUCCGCAUACGUUUCUCCGGUAAAUUACGGAUUCAUUCGCUCGUCUGUAUAGAUUCACCUAGAUUUAUGUCACGUCGAAAUAGCUGUGAUUUACUGAUUGAUUUGUGAACCUUAUUCUCUUAGGGAGAUUACUACGAUAUAGCGUACUAAAUAAAUUGGACGAAUUAAACAUAACUUCGAAUAUCAUAAACGUACCAAUUUUAUAUUUCUUGUUCCUCAUCCAAGACUUCGCUCAAAUUCGCACUACAACUCCUUCGAGAUUAGAAACACAAUUCUAUUUUUAACUUUUCAACGUGGUUAUAAAUACAAAAUGUAAAUUCUCAGUCCUGCUUUGUUACUUUUAUGUUCUGGGUCGCAGAAACUUGAGAAUAACAACGGAACAUACGCAAAAAAUUAAUCGCACAAAUACUUAAUAAAAAUUUAGACGUG